UUUUUUGAAGCCCAAAAUCAGCAACACUUUCACUUUUGGUCCAAAGUCCCACACUACCAGUAAUGAAAUUUGUUCUUGAAACAACACCUGCAAAUGCUGUCUCUCUCGUCCUCUUUGUUAUCGUUCGGUGGAAUUGCAAAGCCUAUUUCGGCACCCAUCAGUUUAAAGUGUCAGUAUAAUCCUUUGAGAACGACAAUUAACAAUCCCUCUGAUUCCAUGGCAUCUUCAGUUGCCCCAAAAUGGGCUCAAAAAACUGUGACUCUUCCUCCUCAAAGGCGGGGCUGUCACCUUGUUACAUCCAAGAUUUUGAAGGAAAUUGGUCAAGAUAUGGCAGGCUUCAAAUGUGGCCUUGCUCAUUUUUUUCUGCAGCAUACAAGUGCUUCUUUGACCAUAAAUGAAAACUACGACUCAGAUGUUCGAGAUGAUACAGAGACAUUUCUUAACAGGGUUGUCCCAGAGGGGAUGUCUGCACCGUGGAAACAUACUCUUGAGGGACCAGAUGACAUGCCUGCUCACAUUAAGUCAUCGAUGUUUGGCUGCACGCUCACGAUUCCAAUCACGGAUGGAAAACUAAACAUGGGAACCUGGCAGGGCAUAUGGUUGUGUGAGCACCGUGAUGCGGCUACCCCUCGCAGAAUUGUGAUCACCCUUAAUGGCAUGUGAGCCGCUAAAGUCAAAUGUUAGAGAAGUCCUAUCAAUGUGCUUAUCGUACUGAAAUGGUCAUGUGUAAUACUUUCUCUCGUUGUGAUGUUUUUUCUAGCCCAUUUCAGUCUAUGAUGAUCUAGAGAUGAAAAUCUCUUGGCAAUUUCUGGUAAAAACGUGCUAUGUGGUUUGUGUCCAAAUUUCAGUAUGACCAACGAGCUUUAAGAAUUUGUACGGUAAACAUGGAAGUUCUCCUUCUAGUGUUGCAUCUUUACCAUAUAUAUUAUGGAUUUUGCUAACCUAUAGGUUAGCACCAUACU